AUGUAUACAGAACCUCCCCCCAUCUGGAACCUCCCCCCCAUCUGGAACCUCCCCCCAUCUGGAACCUCCCCCCAUCUGGAACCUCCCCCCAUCUGGAACCUCCCCCCAUCUGGAACCUCCCCCCAUCUGGAACCUCCCCCCCAUCUGGAACCUCCCCCCAUCUGGAACCUCCCCCCCAUCUGGAACCUCCCCUCAUCUAGAACCUCCCCCCAUCUGGAACCUCCCCCCAUCUGGAACCUCCCCCCCAUCUGGAACCUCCCCCCAUCUGGAACCUCCCCCCCAUCUGGAACCUCCCCCCAUCUGGAACCUCCCCCCAUCUGGAACCUCCCCCCAUCUGGAACCGCCCCCCCCAUCUGGAACCUCCCCUCAUCUAGAACCCCCCCCCCCCCCCCAUCUGGAACCUCCCCCCAAUCUGGAACCUCCCCCCCAUCUGGAACCUCCCCCCCCAUCUGGAACCUCCCCCCCCAUCUGGAACCUCCCCCCAUCUGGAACCUCCCCCCAUCUGGAACCUCCCCCCCAUCUGGAACCUCCCCCCAUCUGGAACCUCCCCCCAUCAGGAACCGCCCCCCAUCUGGAACCUCCCCCCAUCUGGAACCUCCCUCCCAUCUGGAACCUCCCUCCCAUCUGGAACCUCCCCCCCAUCUGGAACCUCCCCCCAUCCGGAACCACUGA